CCGGGGAGGAUUUGCUAUCUAUCCCCCGCCGUCAGUGUUGAAUCUGGAUCUAACAGAUGUUGGCGUCCCGUGUGUGACCUGUCGGCUGCGUGUUCUGCCUCUGUGGAUGGGAUGUCUAGGUGUGUGUGUAGGGAUGUCUAGGUGUGUGUGUAUGCGAGUUCUCUCACAGGCGCGGAGCUGCAGCACACUGGUCUCCUCGGUCUCCUCCAGUCACACUGUUCUCCACAGACCUCUCCUCUCCUCCUCCUCCUCCUCCUCCUCUUUCUCCUCUUCCUCCUCGUCCUCCUCCUGCUCCUUCCGUUCCCCCUGGUCCUGGCCAGCGCAGCCGGCGCGGCCCCUCUCCUCCCGCACGCACGGCGGCUCUGACGAGGACGAGGAUGACGAGGACGACUAUGACGUCGCCUCCUCCGGCUUCCAGGUGGGCCGGCUGCAGAUGGACAACGUCCUGCGCGCCAACGAGCAGUCGGUGCGCGUUCCGGAGUUCGACGGGCGCGGCGGCCCGAGCCCCGUGCUGAAGUUCGAGAGCAACCAGCUGGGUGCCAACGCGCCCCUGGAGGACCGGCGCUGCGCUGCCACCUGCCUGCGGACGCGCGGCAUGCUCUUCGGCGUCUUCGACGGGCACGGGGGCCACGCCUGCGCCCAGGCCGUCAGCGAGCGCCUGCCUUACUACGUCGCCACGGCGAUGAUGCCCGAGGCCAGCCUGGAGGACCUGGAGGUCGCCAUGGAGACGGGCCGCCCUGUGCCCCCCAUCCUGCAGUGGUACAAGCACCACAACGACUACAACUACCGCGAGUCGGCCGAGCUGUACGUGCAGCACCUGCGCGUGUUCUGGCAGGAGCUGCUGUUGAGCGAGGAGCACGGCGAGGGCCUGAGUCCGCCGGACGCCCUGAGCUACGCCUUCCUGCGCCUGGACUCCGACCUCUCGCUGGAGGCGCAGGUGCCGCUGGCCAGCGACCUCAUGCGCAGCACCGCCGUUCAGGCCGCCUUCGCCGGCAGCACCGCCUGCCUCGCCCACGUCACCACCGAGGGCAUCUACGUCGCCAACGCCGGGGACUGCCGCGCCGUCCUGGGGGUGCAGGAUGAGGAUGGCAGUUGGAGCGCGGUGCCGUUGUCUCGCGACCACACGGCGCUGAACGCUGACGAGCUGGCACGCGUGCGGGCGCAGCACCCGGCGUCGGAGCGCGACACGGUGGUGGCGGACGAGCGGCUACUGGGCAUGCUCAUGCCGCUGCGCGCCUUCGGCGACGUGCGCUUCAAGUGGAGCCGCGAGCUGCAGGAGAGCGUGCUGGAGAGCGGCGCCUCCUGCUGCGACCUGGAGGAACUGCACCUGCACCAGUACUCCCCGCCGCACUACCUGACGCCGCCCUACCUGGACGCCGCGCCCGAGCUCACCUUCCACCGGCUGCGUCCGCAGGACCGCUUCCUCAUCCUGGCGUCCGACGGGCUGUGGGACGAGCUGGGCAGCGCGGAGGCCGUGCGGCUGGUGGGGCAGCACCUGACGGGGGUGCACCUGCAGGCGCCCGUGUCCGCGCGCGAGCGCCGGCUCAGCCUCGGCCAGAUGCGCCAGCUGCUGCAGCGGCGGCGGGCGCGGGCGGCGCCGGCGCUGGACCGGAACGUGGCCACGCACCUGAUCCGCCACGCGCUGGGCACCAACGAGUACGGCGAGCUGGACCAGGAGAGGCUGGCCGCCAUGUUGGCGUUGCCCAGCGACCUGGCGCGCAUGUACAGAGACGACAUCACCGUCACCGUCGUCUACUUCAACUCCAACCUGCUCAAGACACGUCACGGCGGCAGUGCAUAAACAGCCCAUCA